CCUCAGAUACUAUGGAAUCGGAUUCUGUCGAGUCGUCCACAGCCGAGCCAUUGCGCAACCCCUUCAGUUCACAGGACCUAGGAAACUGGGACAAUGGCGGCGGCGAUAACGAUCUCGACUCACUCGAUGACAACCCUUUUAGUCCAACAAAGACACGAUUUCAGAACUUGAACCGAUCAACGGUCUGGGACUCAUGACAUUUAGCUCUCAGUUGUCAGGAGAAUCUCUUCGGAGGUUGGCAUUGUCGCCAAGGAAACAAAAGCGGAAGAAGGAGCUUUCGCCGGGCAUGAUGCCAUCGAUGCCUACGCUGACAUUUUCCGAGAAACUGGCUGCGGAGAUGGGAGAGAUCGGUGGAGGAGAGGGCAGCUUAUUUGGGCUUAUUAGGAAAGCGAAGCCCUUGACGCUUGGAAAAGUAGCUGUGGUAGAUGGAUCGGACUCGGGGUCAGAGGCGGAUUGGAACGAUGACGAGGUUGUUGCGACCUUAACGUCAAAAAAGACUGAAGAGCAGAAAAUGAGGGAAGAAAGUCCAACGCUUAUACUCGACUCGGAUGAUGACUAUCCAAAUAUUCAUAAAUUCAGCAGCAACAAGGCGCCAAUGAUGCUUGAGGAAUCUGACUCGGAUCUGGAAGAUAACCCCUUCUCGAGUCAUAAUUCCAUCGCCAGCUCGCCUACACCAUUGACAAUAUCCACCUCAGAUAAAUCAGAGGAGGACAUCAAUGUAGACCUAGAACUCUCCGAGGACGAUAAGCUUGAUGAAGAUCAAGCAUUGGCAAAGCAGCGAGUAACUCGAUCAUGUACACACGCGGUGACGCCACCAAGGUCCGGACGCACCCUGCGGAGUGCCACCUUAAAACCUGCACCGACACUGGCCAGUCUACCGAAGGGAGCCAUCAAACCAGCGAGAGCGAAGGCUGUGCUCUUCUCUCUGGAUUCGCUACUCAAGGAAAAGAAGCGCAAAGAAAAAAUCGGAUAUGACAUCGAGGCCGCAAACAGCAUGAUGACGCUAGACGACGAGCUUCUGGAAGAAUACGACGAAGAUGAUGACGAGGAGGCUCUCUUUGGAACUGAAAUGAUCCCCAAGGGUGUGCUUUCAGAAGAGCAGGAAGGAGUGCUGACUGAUAUUAUCGAAGACGAGCAGAACCAAACUGUUGAGGACAUUGCAGAGUUCUUUGUCCACUGGCCAUUGGUAAGUGGCCGUAAGGAAUUUGUAGAACUCGUGCAGAUGCCUCGCGGCUGUCUCCAUUACCAAGUGCUAACUGUAAUUGUAUGGUUAGGAACUCGUCGUUCAGCCCCUCGAGCAAGAGUUGUGCGAUAAAGAUCUGGACGACCAUAUUGUGCAAAAGGUUUUGAAGGCCACGCAGACAGAGAUGCAGAGGAACCAGUUCUUGACCUCGCCAUUCCUCAUGAUUAUGAGUUCAUCGCCUUGGACGAUGCCACGAUCGCUAUUCCGCUGGCUAGUGCAUGUCGUUGCGGUGGAACAGAACACAGCUGUUACAUUAUCUCUCUUUGCUCUGCUCCAGAGGGUCUUAUCACAGAAAUCAGGUGUGCUUGGUGUUGACCAUCAGGACUUGAUCCGUGCGUUUCGGAUGUAUGGUGCAAAGGACGAAUAUCUUGAUCCAGACUGGAAGGUGACGCCAGUCACCCGCGAGACACAAAAUGAACGACUAAUCC